AUGGAAGGAUUAUUGAAUUCUAUAAUAUCUGGCAAAAUUCUAUCCUCUUUUCAAUAAACUAUUAGAAUUAGCAAAGGAUGUCCUAUUAAAUUGAAUAAAAACGCAGGAAAAGAUGUUAAAUCAUGUGAGUUAGUGCAGCCAUUCAAGAGGUUGCAGAAAGUUAUGAAUUUUAAAUAGAUGUUAUGGGCUAAAAACAUCAAAUCUAUAAAAAAAUUUUAUGAACAUUAAACUUUUCAAUACAAAAUAUAAUAAGGAAAAAGGUAUCAAAUAGUAAAGACAAAUAGAAAUUUUGAUGGAAAAAGGGAAGCUUUAAAUAAUUAAGACUAUUGA